AUGAGGAUCACAUUAGCGUUGCUCGUCUCGAUGUGGUCCGCAGCCACCCAGGUUGCCGCCCACCAAAGGCGUCAGGCCGGCGCAGGCGACCCCGACGCGACGCAAGCCGACCUCAGCGCGCGUCCACCGCCCCGGUUCCCCUACCCGGUCACCAGGUUCCCUGUGGCGAACGAGACCGUCGUGUUGAAGGAGGCCUUGUACAUCCUUCCCGGCCAGGUCUUUGACGGCGGCAUGAAGCGGUACGAGCGCCUGGAGGGGAGUUGCAACGAACAAGCCGAGGCUUCGAAGGGCACCGAUGCUGACGCAGUCUUCAACCUGAUGCCCGGUUCAACAAUCAGGAAUGUGAUCAUCGGAACACACCAAGCCGAGGGCAUCCAUGCCCUCGGCGACGCCUGGGUCGAGAACGUGUGGUGGGAGGAUGUCUGUGAAGACGCCCUCACCUCAAAGGGGCUGAACACCCAGCUAAGGGUCAUCGGCGGAGGAGCUCGGGGUGCUUCGGACAAGAUCUUCCAAGACAACGCCCUGGGCGGCAAGUUUACCAUCACCGGCUUCUACGCCCAAGACUUUGGCAACUUCUACAGGUCGUGCGGCAACUGCGUGCUGCAGGCCAAACGGACCGUCAACGUCACAAACGUCGUCGCCGUCAACGGGACGAGGAUGGGAGCUAUCAACGCCAACUACAACGACGAGUACCAUCUCAGCUACGCCCAGCUCGACACGCAGAGGAUCGUCGACAAGGGCAUUGGGAACGACCUGCAGAUCGUGCCUUACAUGGUGGGCACCGGCCCGGACGACAAGUACGCCCUGUUCAACGAGACGAGGGACUUCAUCACCAAGUUCGAGGGGACGGUGGACAACGUCUACGAGCCGGAGGACCCGUACCCUUGGCUGUCGGAGUACUGGCCCGAGGGCUUCCAUUAG